AUGGAUCACUCUCGGCACCGCGCAGGAAAUGGCAAUGAGCAGGCGUCUUCACGGGAGCAUCGCCGUGGUGAGGAUGAGAGACAGCGACAGCUGGAGCGCCUCAGCAGGGAGGAGGCCUAUUACCAGUUCAUUAAUGAACUCAAUGAGGAAGACUACAGGUUAAUGAGAGACCGCAACCUGCUUGGCACUCCCGGGGAAAUAACAGCAGAAGAGUUGCAGCAACGCUUGGAGGGGGCUAAGGAGCGUCUGGCAUCGCAGGCUGAUAUGGAUAACAGAGAAGGUGAAGAUUCCGAUGUUCUUGGAGAAAACUCAAAUGGUGACUCUCUGCUUGAAUGGCUGAACACUUUUCGUCGCACAGGCAAUGCCACUCGCAGUGGGCAGAGUGGAAACCAAACCUGGAGAGCUGUGAGUCGAACAAAUCCAAACAGUGGGGAGUUUCGAUUUAGUCUUGAAAUCAACAUAAAUCAUGAUCAUAACAGUUUUGAAACUGCUGGUGAGGCGUAUAUGGGUAUAGAUACUAGCAGAAUGUAUUUGGAAAGAAGAUAUCAAAGACCUGUCAGCCCAAUACCCCCACGAACGAGGAGCAGGACCACAAGAGAGGCAAACAACGAGGCUUCAAGCACUGCAAGGACCAGGUCUGUAAGAAGUUCUGUGGCACAAAGCUCUGAAGCAGCCUCUGAUCCAGUCUCCGGGAGGCUCAGGAGCAGAACAAGAGAGUUGUCAGGCCUUUCCCAGUCAAAUACUACACGUAGUAAUUCUGCAGCUGCUGGUGAACGAAGAGAAACACCUGGAAGAGGUACUUCUGCAGGAGUCACAAGAGGUAGAGCUAGAACUAGUGUUCGGAUGAGUGCAAACCAAAGACUAGAAAUUCUGCGGCUGAGGUCUACUUUAAGUAGUCGAAGCCGCUCUCCAUUGCAAAGGCAAGGUGAUACUGCUCGUUCUGAGGAACAUGGGCAGAGGCAGGAUAGAAGUGCACAGCAGGUCAGCAGGAGUAGAAGACAAACAUCUCAGCCUUCUUCACAGCCUGCCGAAGAACAAGCAAGAGGUAAUACUCAGACUCCUCAGCUUUCCAGCGUAGCCCCAUCCUUGGGAAUAACUUUGGAAGAGGAGGAAUCUAGUAGUAGGCCAGUAGCUGCUGUUAGAAGGCAUCCAACAAUUACAUUAGAUCUUCAGGUGAGAAGAAUUCGUCCUGGAGAAAACCGAGAUCGGGACAGUAUUGCCAGCAGAACUCGUUCUAGAGUAGGAAUGGCAGAAAACACAGUUACCUUUGAAAGCGACAGCGGGGGGUUUCGGCGUACGAUCUCGCGGUCGGAGCGUGCGGGUAUUCGCACCUACGUUAGCACUAUACGGAUACCUCUCCGCCGGAUCUCAGAAACAGGGCUUGGCGAGCCUUCCUCAGUGGCUCUGCGAUCAAUCCUUAGGCAAAUUAUGACAGGCUUCGGAGAACUGAGUUCAUUAAUGGAAACUGAAUCUAACUCCGAAGUGCAAAGAGGUGGUCAUCACUUACCGGAUGUACAGUCAGAGCAGAGUAACUCAAGUUCAGCAAACAAUAGCAGUGAUUCAAAUGAGGUUUCAUCUAGGAAUGGGCGCACAGUGGAAGGCAGCAGGGGAACAAAUGGACAGAGUGAUGAUACUCAACGCUAUGGUCACAAUAAUGAAACCCCAGAUAACAGGCAGUCCCAAGAUGCAAACAACCUCGUGGAAAAUGGAACACUGCCCAUACUCCGGCUUGCCCACUUCUUCUUGCUGAAUGAAGAAGAUGAUGACGAUCGUUUAAGAGGUUUAACCAAAGAGCAGAUUGACAAUCUUUCUACACGGAACUAUGGGGAUAUUCACACUGAAAAUGAAAUAAGUAAAACGUGUAGUGUUUGCAUUAAUGAGUAUGUAACAGGGAAUAAGCUAAGGCAGUUACCUUGUAUGCAUGAGUUUCAUAUUCAUUGUAUUGAUCGCUGGCUUUCUGAAAACUCUACUUGCCCCAUCUGUCGGCAGCCUGUGUUGGGGUCUAAUGCCACAGACAAUGGCUAG